UGAACGGAUGUGCUCUCGGCAAAAGUUUUUCUGUUCUCAGUUAUCAGAUCCGCCAUGGCCAACAUGAAUAAAGUUCCCGUAUUAUGUCUUAGGAUCUCACGAAGCAGUAUCUUUAUUCCCUCCGCUCUCUAUCUUCCCGUUCCGUUGGCAACUUUCGUGGCUGGAAAAAGUUAGAAUUCAGUCGCUGUAAAACCGGAACUAGAACAAUAUAUGGCAGUGUCUGUUUUCACGCUUCUGUGUGCAUUCAGCAUUGCCGGGUUUAGUCAGGGUCGGCUGAGGCUUAAGUUGUCGCUCAGCCGGCAGUCGAUAGAAGCCCAACAGACUGAGCUCGGUUUUUGUUUACUUACAAUCUCGUAGAAAGAUAAAUGAAUUUCAUGCUCUCGAACAUGAUAUUAGUUCCUUCGACGUGUUGAACUCGAACUUUGCACAACGUCGCGCUCACGUGGAGCAAAAGUGUGGUCGAUCGAAAAUAUUCGCUCGAGAACUCGUGAUGAAGCCCGCGGCGGUAGAUGUGGGAGAAACUAGUUUUUGAUGCUCUCUAGUUGUGUGGCGAAACUCGGAGCGCCUCUCGUCGUCCUGGUUGAGAAGUCACCGAAGGUCGUGUCCUCGAAGCAAUUUGUUUCGAAGAUCGGUGCACGUUUGAAGGGAGCCCUCUACGUCAUACUGACUGAUUCGCUUACGGCUUACGAGCGGGAUCAUUGAGCCCGAGAACACUGAAAUUCAAUCAAAUAAAGAAGUGCUGGAGACAGCUGCUGACUGAUCUGCUACCGCCCCGACCUCGCGGCAGGACCUAUUUCUAGAAGUACGUGCUAAGAUUACUCGACCUCGGGAGACAGUUGUGCAGUAUCGUUUCGCAAGUACGAGGAAGUACAAGAUGACUUUGCAUUCUGCGAGCACCUCUCAUCUGCACUUCCAGGGGCACGUUCUUCGCGCCACACUGUGCCUCAUUUUCUCUCUCACCCACGCUAGUGCCAUCGUCUGGGACCACCCUGCUGCAGGCUCGAGUCUCAGCACCACGAUUCCCGGGUUAUUUUCCUACAGCGCCAAUGGUGCAUUGGAAACAAGUGCCGUGCUGACAAGUGACAGUGCGCCUGCGCCACUCGAUGCGCCGGCGGUUGCGACAAAUGAGAAAAAUCAAAAGCAGGGCGGAAAGAAAAAGCAAGAGCUCCAGACUACCCAAGCGAAAGAACCGUCUUCCGCGCUCGAAAAAAAAGUGGAAAAACAAGGACAGGAAGAAAUGAAAGCCCAACUACCUCCGGGUGCUGUUGCGACGCAAACGCCCCCGGGUGCGACGCCGAAUGCCGCACUGUCGAACAGCAUGACGAACCUGAUGAACACACCCGCCACGCCCGGCGGCCCAGGUCCAGCACCCCCGGCGCCGCAGGCCGUCCCAGCGACUGGCGGAGUGCAAGCAGGGGCGGGAGUCCUGCCCGCCGCCCAAACCGGUUUGCCAGCGGGGGCAGAACAAGCGUCGCCGACGGAGGGAAUGAAACCGGCCGGGGGCGAAGAAGACAACAAGCCGUGCAGCGACAAGGAGUGCAAGUGCUGGUGCUGUCCGUACUGCAUGCUGUACUACGGGCUGUCGUUCGUAGGCGGGGUCCUGCUGGUUGCGGGGGUUUUCUACUGCUUGCGCAGCGGCGGAGGCGGACCCAGGGGUGGAGCAGAGCAACCGGUGGCGGCGGAAGUGUGAGGGCAGCGACGCGCCACUCAAGAAUUCCUUAGCACCCUAGGAAAAGAAAAAACUUUCCCUGUAAAUUUGUACGUACAUAUACGGUGUAAAUUAAUGAAGCAGAUGAAACAGAAGGCACCAAAUCACUGCCGCGAUCAAUACUGUAUCGAAAUGUACCUUGAUUUAGUAUCCAUGUAUAACACUGAAAUUCUUGUGUAAUUCCACCAGCCGUCUUGUAGACCCCGAUCCUGACUGCGACUUCAUAUCGACUUGUAAUAAUUAAACUCGAUGACUGCGCCUGUUUCACCGACAACAAGGAAACUGUAUCAAUUUCGUGUACCAGAAAUGAUUUUUUGUACGUUUGUUUCUGAAAAUUAGUGAGAGAGCAUCUCACCUACGAAAGCCAAAAGCCCAACGUGGACGAGUCAGGAUAUCAAUU